AUGUCGGAGGACGAAGAGGCAACCGGAUUUUCUGAUGAUUCUUUAGCAGACCAGAACUAUUCACCCAAUGAAAUGUUCGAUGAUGAUUCUAGUUCGGAAGAUGAAAAUCCCAGUGAUCCAGAAAGCGACUCUUCUGAUAACAUCCCUUUGAUCAACUUUGUCAAAAAACGAAAGUGGGAAGCUGUAGCUGGAGCACGAAAUCAUUUUCCGUUCAGUGUUCCUUAUACUGGUGUUCAUCCAGAUGUCGUUCAGAAGCUAAGUGGUAAAAACCCGGUUUCAUUUUUUCAACAUUUCAUUGACAACGAGAUAAUAACAUUACUGGUCAAUGAAACAAACAGGUAG